GUUGUCGCUUUAUUGUGAAGGAUCGGACCGGAUACUGUGUUGUUGUUAGUCCAAAACGGAACAUGAAUUCGGCUAACAGAUGUGAAAAUUAGCGCUUUUAGUGUGUUUGUUUUGAUUAGUAAGGAGGAGACCGGAGAGGAGGUAGCAUUUUUUAACUGUCUAUGUGCCGUGUAAUAAUCAGAAAUGAGCGUCACGUUGGAUAUAAGGCUGAAAAGAGCAAAUAAAGUUUAUCGAGAAGGGGUCAUCCAUGUUGCUUGGUGUGCAGGAAACAGUGGCUGGUGUCAUCCUGCUGAUUUGUAAGGAGGCACUGCAGCAUCAUGGCAUCUCUCUGAGCAUGGAAGGAGUCGUGAAUCUGCAGCUGAGUUCCAAGAGUGUCGGGGUCUUUGAGGCUUUCUACAACUCUGUCAAGCCCAUCCAGCUGAUCAGCAGUAACAUCGAAGUGGCCAAGGCUGGAAAAAUUCCUGGAGGAAAGACUGAGAUUCCCUUCGAGUUCCCUCUGCACACCAAAGGCAACAAAGUGCUGUACGAGACCUACCACGGAGUCUUUGUCAACAUUCAGUACUCCCUCCGCUGUGACAUGAAGCGCUCCCUGCUGGCCAAAGAUUUGAGCAGGAGCUGUGAAUUCAUCGUGCACUGCCAGCCUCAGAAAUCUAAAGUCAUCCCCACACCGGUGAACUUCACCAUCACUCCAGACACUCUGCAGAGCCGUGAGAAAAAUUCACUUCCGAAGUUUCUCAUCCGAGGACAUUUAGACGCCACUAACUGCGUGAUCAGCCUGCCGCUUACCGGAGAGGUGGUGGUGGAAAACUCGGACGUCCCCAUAAAGAGUAUUGAACUACAGCUGGUACGGGUGGAGACCUGUGGCUGUGCUGAGGGCUACGCCAGAGACGCCACGGAGAUCCAGAACAUCCAGAUAGCCGAAGGUGACGUCUGCCACGGCCUCGCCAUCCCCAUCUAUAUGAUCUUCCCCAGACUGUUCACCUGCCCCACGCUGGAGACAACAAACUUCAAAGUCGAGUUUGAAGUCAACGUCGUCGUAGUGCUCCAUGAUGAUCACCUGAUCACAGAGAACUUUCCUCUGAAGCUGUGCAGACUCUGAACGCAUCAUUUCUGAGAGAAGCUCAGAGACCUUCACACUUCUCAUCCUGCAACAAACUCAUCUGCCUGAACAGCUGAGCACAUUCUUCAACGUGCAACUGAAGCCGGAGAAAUUACUCAAACCUUCAGAGACCUCCCUAAUAAUACAUCAUGUUAAUGUGACCAAACUCUUUUCUUUUUAAAGUUUUGUUUAAUAAAUUUCACUUGAAACUAUUUCAUA